AAAUUCUAAGUUGGAUGACCGUUGAAAACGAUUUUUCCCAGAUGGAGCUCGAUUUUUUCCGAGUUCCCAGAUGUCUUGAACGCACUGAAGUCUGAGAUUUACGAGUUCCCAUAUGUUUUGAACGCGACAAGAGCUGUGAUGAAUGGGAUGAGAGGAGAAAUCAGAGACUACACAAACAGACGGCUGAAGAAGGGAGCCGUUCGAUGGAGCGAAAAGAGGUCGUGAUUUGACAUUUGAGAUCUCUGUCUGAUAAAUAAUAUCAACGAACUGGCAAUCGUUCAUAUUUAAACAUAAUUUACCAUAGCAUUUCAUAUUCGCCCGGCAUCUUAGAUGCUAGCUGCUUGUCUGAUCUGGUACUAGAGAUGGUGGAGCCAUGAGAAUGCACCAAGUCUUUCCGCGAAAACAGAUGGGAGAUGAAGCCUACUCGACAAAAAAACACAUUCCUCUGUAGCUAAAAAUGAGUUUAUUAUUGUUGCAGAUGUAUUUAUGAUGUUAGUGCCAUGCAAUGAUGCGUUUGAUAAGCUGUAGUAGAAUAGCUGCUGGAGGAAUUUUGAUGGCACUUACGACGCCAGGGAAAGAGGCAACGAGUAAAUUGUGCUAUUUUGAACAGUCGGGCCUUACAAAGUGACAUGCAGGAAUGAAUGUUCAGCAUUUUUCUCGCCCGAGGAUAACUGUAUGCGGUGCAGGCAGCUGGUCACAUUGAAAGCGGCGGUGUCUUUGGAGAGUAGCGAAAUACAAGGCAGCGGAGAGGAGCGCCGAGCUGUAAUACCUAAGUCCGUCUAGAACCAAGUGGAUAUUUUAAGAUUAUUUUAGCAGCCAAGAUAAGAUUUUGUUCUGCCAAUAUUAAUGCAAGCGGUCCCUAUUUACCUGCCUUAUAAGUGUAAAAUGAGGUUCGCGCUACAUGGGAAUUAAAAACAGUCUGUCAAUCAUGUAUGUGGUCCUUGGUAGCCAACAUUAGCUUAGCUGCUAUCGUCGUUGAGCAUGAUUGAAAAGUGCAUAUCAUUUAUCUAACGUCAACACCGAUGUUUUCGAUCCCCAUGCAUGCACCGACACGUUUGUUUGGGAGAGCUUUCAACCAACACCCACAGCGUAAAACAGACGAACAGGCUAUGUCGGCGUGAAGGGAACCACACUGACUAUCUCGAGUACCUCCUCAAGCCAUAGCCGUCAACAGCGUUGUGAAGAACCGAUUAUUGGAGAGGAAAACACAGUAGCUUGUUCAUUCCCGCGUUGGAGCCCUCGGCGACCACGGCCUGAAUCCCUUCGAUUAACCGACCAAGCAAAAUGGGAGAGCAGCCCAUCUUCAGUACGAGGGCACAUGUCUUCCAGAUCGACCCCACCACCAAGAAGAACUGGGUUCCCACUAGUAAACACGCCGUCACAGUCUCCUACUUCUACGACAGCACGCGCAACGUCUACCGCAUCAUCAGUCUGGACGGCUCUAAGGCAAUCAUCAACAGCACCAUCACCCCCAACAUGACCUUCACCAAGACCUCCCAGAAGUUUGGCCAGUGGGCUGACAGCCGAGCCAACACCGUCUAUGGCCUGGGCUUCUCCUCAGAGAACCACCUGCUCAAGUUUGCAGAGAAGUUUGCAGAGUUUAAAGAGGCGGCCCGAUUAGCCAAGGAGAAAUCCCAGGAGAAGAUGGAACUCACCAGCACCCCCUCUCAGGAGUCGGCCACCGGUGACCUGCAGUCACCUUUGACCCCGGAGAGCAUCAACGGCACUGAUGACGAGAGGGGCACCACCCCUGAAAUGCCGCAGCACCCACCCGAGCCCCGUCCCGAGCCGUCUCAGAACCAGCUGCCCUUCUCCCACAGUUCGUCCAGUAUUAACAAGCACUGGGAGGCCGAGCUGGCAGCCCUGAAGGGCAACAAUGCCAAGCUGACAGCAGCUCUGCUGGAGUCCACAGCCAACGUCAAACAGUGGAAACAACAACUGGCUGCUUACCAGGAGGAGGCUGAGAGACUACACAAACGGGUGACAGAGCUGGAGUGUGUUAGUGGUCAGACGCCAGUCAUCAAAUCCCAGAAGACUGAGCUCAACCAGACGAUAGAAGAACUGGAGUCAGCAUUAAAAGCCAAGGAGGAGGAACUAGAGAGGUUGAAAGAGGAAGUGGAGAGUGGUAAUGACUUCCAGACUCAGAAGGAGUCGCUAACACAUAAACUACAGGAGACUGAGGAGAGGAACCAGACGUUGGAGGCCCAGCUGGGGCAGUUGGAGCUGCAUCUGGAGGGCAGUCAGCUAGAGAGCGAGGCCUUCAGGAAGAGUCUGCGGUCCCUGCUGGAGCUGCUGGACGGGAAGAUCUUUGAGCUGACAGAGCUCCGAGACAGCCUAGCCAGACUCAUCGAGGACAGCAGCAGCUAGAAGAGACGAGAAGUGCUACGACAGAGCCCCCAAGUGGAGCACCAUCGCCACCAUAAUAACAUAGUGACUGGAAAAUGAAUUGUAGUCAGUGCACGAGGGCACUGUAUGAAAAUAUUCACACACUGCUAUUAGUACAUACACAGUCAUUAUUCUUCACUAACAUGCACAUAAUCAAGCAUGUGUUGAUUAUGCCACAUGCUUGAACAUAAUUGUAAAUAGAUAGACUUGCUCGCUUGGAUUCUCUAGUUUUGGCUAAUGUUCACUACAUAUUGCUGGUACACAUGUAUACUAUAUGAACAUACUCACACACUUUAUACACACACACACACUUCAGAGGUCCUGUCGAGGCUUUGCUUGGGCCCUGCCUUCCAUCUCUUUGCUCUCCCUGUGGGAUGUUCUUUACACAUUACAGACUACAAGCUGCUCAAAUAUCUAUUUUCUCUCUGCUUUUUUUUGCCAAGUCUGGCUAGCAUUCCAUAGGAGAGGAUGUUGAAUAGGGUGGGUUAUUUUGCUUUGGGUUUUUCUUCCAUUACAGACACUAUUAACAGAAAUAGGAAGCCCUCAUUUUCUAUAUUUAUUUGGUGCAAAGUUCAGAUUAGUUGCUGGUGGAUGUUUUUGUUUAAUCUUUGCUGUUGUCCGUCAUGGGUUCAGGUCUGUUUUCUAACUAUUCUGCAUAUACCACUUUAUUAUUCAGUUAUUACUACAGUACUAUUAUUGCUCUGGUUGCUAUGGAGAUAUCAUUGUCAGCCAAAUGGACAGUCCGAUUAGAUGAGGUCAUGGAGAUGUAGACAGUUGUACUCACUGAUCCUUACAGCGUUUCACUGGACUCUACGGCCGUUUGCUCUGAGGCCCCAUCUAACACUGGGCUAGGACUAAGGGUCAGAGGUCAGACAGAUGACCUCCCAGUGACCUUUGUUUUUAAAUGCUCCUAAUGUCCUCCUAUCACAACAUUUCCAUGGAGAUUAAAGAAGAAUGUGGCAUCUUGUCCAAGAUUGAGGACCGAUCUGGGACAACCUUCUAUACUAAAUGAGCAAUAUAAAGAGAGAGCGUCAAGAGUAAAAAUACACAUUUCAGUCUCGCUUUCAGGUAUUUUCCUCCUCUUCUGGGAAAUGUAAGGAGAGACGAGGUGGAAACAACGCCAACCCAAGGCCAGAAGCUGGGGUUUGGGUCAGCAGUUACUACAAGUCUUUCCUUUCUAUAAACUUUUUUAUUACAAAUACUAAUAUAACACAUUUAUAGUGCACUUGUGAAAAUGGAAUUGAAUGUUUGGGUGAAUCCAAAACUAUUUUUCUUUAUUUUCAUUCUCCUUGUUUCUGUUACAACUUGAAGUGCAGUGAUUGAUUGGUUCCUAUGUUUUCCCUUAAUUUAUUAUUCCAGAUAUAUUAUAACCACAGAUUGAGAAUUUUAUGAAACAAAUUUUUGUUUGAACUUAAUGAUUUUCAUGUCUGGUAUGUGGGUGUCAAGGUAGAUUUAUUAUUUUCUUGGUGUAAAAAAAAAAGAAAAACGGGCAAUAUUUUUGAACUACUUAAAAAGGAAAUGGAUUUACAGAGACCCUUGUGCAUAGCAUGUGUGGUUUGCAGAGACAUUAUUUCCUUUUGCCAAAUGUUUUCCUGUACAGAAUAUGAAUUUUGCUGACAUUGCCUUUGGUACAAAGAUGCAUCAAUGGUAGCUAACUACGGAUCUUUUGUCGGGUUUACUAUUGCCAAAAAUCUGUGAUAAUGUAUAAAAAAUAAAACUAUAUGUAUACCUGAAGAACACUAUUUAAGGGCUUGUUGGUUCUGGUAUCUUUGAGAGAUUUGAAUGUGGUUUCUGGGCUGGUUGGCGUUUUCAAUUAUGAUCUGUACUACAAUUUGAAAGGGAAUAAUGUUUGAGUAAUAAUUUUAAAUGAUUAUACCACAUGCUUAAACAAUUGUAAUUGAGUUUAUAGUAAAAUGUAAAAAAAAAAAAA